AUAAAUUAGUUGGCGCCACUGAGAGACGUAAGUUAUUUUAACUUACAUUUGCAAUUGCACUCACAAGGAAAGCGCCACUGUAGAGUUAGGUCCUGUCACUCGGCAGUGUUGCUAGUUGCAAGCAUGAUGAUAAGUAGCCCACAUGGAUCAAAAUUGUAAAUGUCUAUCUCCUAGACUAUGCGCUUACGUCACUUCAACCGGUCUGCGGCCAUUUUGCGAAUCGAUAAGCGGAUAAAUAUGGAACUACACUUUUUGCAAGCAAAUGUGCGAUUGCAGCGCUGUUCCCGCCAAUUUUGACGUUUGUCGGUCAGUCAUUCGGUAUUUACUCGGUCAGUGACUCAGUGUGUCAGUCCACAAAACAAAAUUUGUAGUGGUUCAGUGUUAGAUCUACGAGCUUCAGAAGUUUGAUUUUCGGGUUCUGAUAAUAAGGAUUGGCAGCGAAGAUGUCUGGCCGUAGCACAGCUGGUCUUUCAACCAGCAGUGGUGUGAAGAGACGGUCCAAUAACGAAGACAAACAAGUUUCCAAGGUUUCCAAAACAUCUGCUGAUAGAAGUAACUCUGUUGAGUAUGUAGUAAACAUGGAUCUAGCAGCAACUGCCUUUAAAGGCCAAACUUCCACUUACAGAAUCACAGUGGAAUCGGCUGACGGAGAAGUUAUACUGAACGACCCUCAAGUCAUCCUCAAUCAAGCUCUAACAAAAGCUAAAGAAGAAAUCAUCGCAAAGAUCGAUGAAUUAAGCCUUGUAAAAAUUAUAGUCAAUUUGCACGGCUGCUUCAUUGACAACCAAUAUAACGCAUUUGAUAUUAAUGGAAGCGUUGAUGUAUUCGAUGAAGAAACGGUCGAUGAUCAAAUUGAUGAACUCAAGAUGUUGAUCACCUCAAAAUUUAAUGUUUUUGACCGAGAUAAUGAGGGCGACAAACAAUUAUUGUACAUCGACCUUCAUAUAAAUAAGCACGUCGUCCCGGAUUUUAAACUGGAUGUCCCUUGGCAUCUAAAACGCUACAUAGUGAAUGUUAUGAGUGAAGACUAUCCGGAACAGAGUUUUAAAUGGGCAGUAUUAGCAGCGCUACACAGGGAAAUACACAAUCCACAAGAUUACCUCCUCGAAGAAUUUUCGGAGGACAUUAUUUUGACAAAUAUUCAACACCCAGUCAAACUACACGACAUACCGAAGAUAGAAGAAAUGAAUGACAUGAGCUUUAAUGUGUAUAUCUUGAACUAUAAUUUUAAUCCCAAUAAGAGAGAAGAAAUCGAAGGACCUGUGUAUCACACAGCUCGUCGACGCAAUAAACAUUUCAAUUUACUGCUUCUUCAUGGUGGAGCUAGCGAUUGCUAUUGUUUGAUAAGCGACCUAAAGGGCUUAGUGGUAGAUACAAAUAAUUUGCCAAAUAGUUAUGGCGAUAAAUUAUGUGAUGGUUGCUUAAAUAUUUUCAAAAAAGAAUCUCUAAUGCAACAUCAACAAGACGAAUGUUUGGGAAAGAAAACAGUUUUAGCAUCACACGAUGCAAAACAUAUGAAAUAUAUUCGUAAAAAAAGUGACUUCGAGAAAAUGCCUUUCGUAGUCUACGCUGAUUUUGAAGCGUAUUUGGAACCUGUGUCGAAUUCAACAAAUAUGAAUAAGAAGCAAAACAAAGAAACAUACACAAUAAAUGUAAACAAGCACGUCCCUUACAGCUUUGCCUAUUAUAUCAAAUGUGCUUUUGAUGAUCAAUUGUCAACUUUGAAAUCUUAUGAUGGAAAAGAUUGUGCUGAACAAUUUUUUAAAAUGUUACGCGAGGACUUAGCUGACAUACGCCGAAAAACUGAUAAAUUCUCAUCAGUGAUACCAGUAUUUUUCCACAACUUUUCAAAUUACGACGGCCAUUUCAUCUGUCGCGUAUUGGAUGCUGAAAACGGUGAAAUGUCAUGUCUUGGUUCUAAACACAAUUUUGUAGCGAUGCACAAAAAACUUACUAUAGGUCAAAACAAAGUUGAAUUACGUUUUCUGGACUCGAGGAAAUUUUUGCAAGGGUCAAUUGCAAAACUAUUGAAAAAAAUUAAUCGUGAAUUAUUUUUCGAAAGCUGUGCUUAUUGGGAAGAUAGCGAAAAAUUUGAACUGAUGACCCAAAAAGGUGUAUUUCCAUAUGAAUAUAUCAAGUCAAUCGAGCAAUUGGAAGAGACGUCCCUACCGCCAAUAGAACAAUUCUAUAGCAGCGUUAACGAUGCACACAUAGAAGAGAGUGAUUACCAACGCGCCCUCGAAGUCUGGGAUAUAUUUGAAUGUGAAACGAUUGGUGAUUAUUCAAGAUUAUACUUACAAUCUGACGCUUUGAUUCUAGCUGAUUUGUUUGAAAAUUUGAGAAACACAUGCAUAGAAGCCUAUAAUUUAGACCCAGCGAAUUAUUAUGCUAUUUCUGGUUUAAGUUGGGAUGCGAUGUUGAUGAAGACCGGUGUAGAGUUGGAGCUUUUGACUGAUGUUGAAAUGGUGACGUUCAUGAGCAAGCUUCGGAGAGGCGGUAUCGCUCACUGCACUAGAAGACACGCGGUCGCUAACAACAAAUAUCUACCUGAUUACGACGAAUGGGAAAGAGAUAACUUUAUAAUGUAUUACGACGCCAACAAUUUGUACGGCUGGGCAAUGUCCCAGCCUUUGCCGUAUGGAGGCUUCAAAUGGGUCAAAGAUUGCACUGUAAAAUGGGUCAAAAGUAAAGUAUUGACUUUACCAGUUGACUCUAAUGUGGGUUAUUUCCUAGAAGUAGAUCUUAAAUACCCCAAAGAGUUGCACGACAGUCACGCUGACUUCCCAUUCUGCCCAGAAAAAAAGAAAGUGCCUGACUGCGACGACGAUAGACUGGUCACGGAUUUGACUUCCAAGACGCGUUAUACUUUGCAUCACUCGUACCUAAUUCAGUGCCUCAAGAACGGACUUAAGUUAGAAAGAGUCCAUCGCGUGCUGAAAUUUAAGCAACGUCCCUGGCUAAAGCCGUACAUUGAUUUCAAUGCUAAAAAGAGAGAGGCUGCAACUUGCGAAUUGAAAGAAGAUUUUUACAAGCUCAUGAAUAAUAGCAUAGCCGGAAAAUCUAUGCAGAAUGAUGAGAAUUAUUUCAAUUUGAAAAUAAUUGAUCAGUGGUUUCAUCAAUGGAAGAAUCUAAGUGGACACAGCUUAGUGGGAGGCGCCAACUAUCAUAGCCAUGCGGUGAUUAAUGAUAAACUCAUGAUGAUACAAUUGAACAAAACAAAAAGAGAGUUCAAAAAUCCCAUUUACAUUGGCUUCAGCGUCUACGACUUAUCCAAGGCGUACAUGUACGAUUUUCAUUACAAUUUCAUGAAACCAAAGUACGGAGACAAAUUGAAACUUCUGUAUACCGACACAGACUCUUUUAUAUACCAAAUAUAUACCAAGGAUUAUUAUUCUGAAAUAAGACCAUAUUUGGCUGAGCGUUUCGAUACUUCGAACUACCCAGUAGACAAUGCUUUAUAUUCGCAAGAAAAUAAAAAGAAAUUGGGAUUUUUCAAAGAUGAAUUAAAGGGGGAUGUGGUGAAGGAAUUCGUUGCUCUGCGACCUAAAGUUUACAUGAUACAAUCGAAGAACGAUUUCAAGAGGAAAGCAGCUGGUGUACCAGAAGCGUUUAGUAAGAAAUUUACGAUGGAAGAUUACAAAAAGUGUCUGCGUGAGCAAAAAAAGGAUUAUAGAGAGAUGUUCAGAAUACAGCCGGUUGGGUACGACAUUUACACUCAGAAGGUCAGAAAAGUGGCUUUGAGUCCGGCGUAUUUUAACAGGCAAUUAUUAAAGGAUGGGAUAAAUUCAUUGCCAUUCGGCCAUUACAGUUUGAUGGAGAAUCCUAACCUAACUUUCUAAAUAUGUAUAACUCAAAUGUGACUGACAUGACUGACUGGCAUAGUGAUCUAUCAACGCACAGUCAAACCACUGGACGAAUCGGACUGAAAUUUGGCAUGCAGGUAGAUAUUAUGACGUAGGCAUCCGCUAAGAAAGGAUUUUACGAAACUCCACCCCUAAGGGGGUAAAACGGGAUCCACGCGUACGAAGUGUCGGGCUGCCGCUAGUCUACUAUAAGACCAAUAAGACGUUUAGGCACAGGACUAUUCCCAGCUCUCGUUCCCACCGCUGGAACUCCUGUGUAGCGAGGAUCUACAGCUUGACCGCCAAUAAAAGCCCAACCAGUGAACGCCAAGUCUGUCCCGAGGGAAAGUUAAGUUGUCAUUGGACCCGCAACGAAUGUAAUCAGAAGAACAUUACUUUAAAUUUUUCAUACAUUUCUACAUAACUUG